UCCGCAAUAGAGGCUUGCUAAGCACCAGCGAAUCGAAGAACGUAUAAGUAUCCCUUCCAUUUUAGAAUAACACAGUUCGAAUACAAAUGACAUACAUUAUUAUUGUUUUACAAGUUCAAUAACAGCAUCCACACCAUGACACCUACCCCAAAUAGCGAUACAACCAAAUCAUGUUUUCCUUUAGCUGGCGCCCGACAGGAUGGAUGGUCUAACAGUGACAGAGCAACAGCUACAUGCUUCUGCGGUGCUGUCCAGCUGAGCUUUCCAACCCAGGGCCCCGGCCUAGUCGAUACCUUCAUUUGCCAUUGUACGGACUGCCGCAAAAUCACCGCAUCGAUGUUUGCCUCGAACUUUACAAUCAAUGACGAUUAUUUGGUUCAUGAGCGCGGCCGUGAAUCACUAUCAUCAUAUAGCCAAUCCAAGACUGUGGGCACGGGGAACAACAUGACCAACUUCUUCUGCUCAAUUUGCGGCUCCCUGAUGUACCGUGUUGGGACUGGUUUUCCCGGAAUGAGCAUUCUACGCAUUGGGACAGUAGACGAUUUCAACCUGCACGAGGGAAAGUUAAAGCCUCGGAUUGAGCAAUUCGUCAAGGAUCGUGUGGGAUGGCUAGGGGCGGCUGAGGGUGUUAACCAGGUUCAUGGCUAUGCCUAUGCUUGAGGACGGUUUAUGUUUAACAAUGAGUUGAUCCUGAUUAGACUCUAAAUAACCACAGAGACCAAAGACCGGGCCGGACCGAACCGGACCAUACUCCGCUUUGGUCCUGAUUCUAAGGAUCGCUGGGCAGUCUGAGAUUAUUCAGAAAUAUACUACUGCAUUUUAGUAUAGUUUUAUACUUCUU